GAACCCCCCAAAGCUCCCCAGGCCCCCCCAAAUCACCCCCCUGCCCUCGUUCCCCCCCAGUGCCCCCCCCGAGGAGUCGAGCUCGCGCUCGCCCUCCCCGAAGCAGAAGAAGAAGAAGAAGAAGAAGGAUCGGGGCAGGUCCGCGAGUCGCUCCGGGGAGAGGAAGAAGAGCAAGAAGAAGAAGCACAGGUCCGAAUCUGAGGCCAAGAAACGAAAGCACCGCUCCCCCAGCCCCAAGGCCAAGCACAAGGCCAAGGAGAAGAAACGCAAGAGAUCCACCAGCCAAUCGCAGAAGCCGGAACGUUCUUCCUCCCCCGCCGGCUCCUCCUCCUCCUCCAACUCCUCCCGCAGCAGCCGCAGCAGCCGCAGCCGGAGCCGCUCGCGCCGUCGCCGGCCCCCUCCCCCCAACCCGGCCUGGGGGGCGUCGCCCCCCCCCCCCCCCCGCCCCGCCGCGGCCCCCCCGCCGGCCGCCCCGCGGAUCCGGCCCCCCCGCGGCGCCCGCCCGCCCCGCGCCGCACGCCCGCGGGGCCCCCCCGCCCGCUGGAAUUUAGGCCCCACCCCCGCCGCGGAAGGCCCGCCCCGCCCGUGCGGGGAGCGGAGCGCCCGCCCCCGCCCCCCCCGCCCCCGCCCCGCCCGUGACCCCCCGCCCGGUCCUCCCCGCCCGCGCCCCGCUCCCCCCCCCGCCCGUCGCCCGCCCCCGUGA